AUGGGCAUUGUGUGUGCACAAUAUUCCUUUAUUCUGCUGCUGUCCAUAAUAAGGACCCGCCCACCUCACUUCCUCUUCUGCCCAUUGAGCAGUCAAAGAGCUGAAAGUCCUUAUAAGCCUGUGUACCUGGGCCUGGGCCCUACAGAUAAGGUAGCUGCUAUUGCUAUGGCCCGCAUCAUCGACCUGGUGCCCUGGGACGAUGGCUCCACUCAUGUGUAUGCCUCCCCGGCCAUCCUGCUUCCUGUGGAGCGGCAGCGCAACCAGCUGGCGGGCGUGAAGCAGCAGCUCUACCACCCGGCCCUGCCCACCCUGCGCCACAUGGACAGGGACACUGCCAAGGCCUGCCUUCCUGAUGAGCACUGCCAGUCUACCACCUACUGCCGCAAAGAUGAGUUUGACAACACCCAUUUUACCCUCCUUGGGAUCCCCAACAAAUCCCUGCAGUGCUUGGACAUCACUGCGACAGGCCAGAAGCUGCGCCACAGGUACCAGGAGGGAAAGCUGGCGCCCGUCGCGCCGGGCAUCAACCGAGUGGACUGGCCCUGCUUCACUCGCGCCAUAGAGGACUGGUCCCGCUUUGUGUCCUCGGCCAAGGAGUUCAAGCUGCCCUGCCUGAGCAAGAGAGUGGAGGGUUUCAGCGGCUACGCGGUGCGGUACUUGAAGCCGGACGUGACCCAGAGCUGGCGGUACUGCCUCAACCAGAACCCCAGCCUGGACCGCUACGGACAGAAGCCCCUGCCUUUCGACUCCCUGAACACUUUUCGAAGCUUCGGCUCCAGCUACAGUCGUGUCAACUACCUGACCCCCUGGCAUUAAUCUCUGGAAAGGAGGCUGCCAGACUAUGCCACCUCAGGUCCCUUGGCCGGACCAAGGACUUAUGGUGGCACCAGCCAUCUCCCCAGUAAUUCAGCCUAACUAGAAAUAAACCUAAUGCUCCCUUAGAGAGA